ACUGCGUGUGCAACGUGCAUUUUUGACACACCUCGCUUCAGUCAUCACUGAACCGAUUUAAUUACGCUAUGUGGAGGUUAGGAACUGUUUACCUGUUAAAUUUACAUCAGGGAGACCGUAGGCGAAGCAUGAUAGAUAUUUGAAGGCGAGAGGGAUAGAUAUUCUCUUGGGAAUCAUGUUUUUCCCCGUAGGAUGGCCACGGGUCUUAAACGCUAGUGAGCCGAAUAAAAUAAAUGCCGUAGUGUGCAACAGAGACAAAAUUCUCUUUGCCGUUCUCACCACGGAUUCUCUCACCAUCUGGUACUGCAAACCUUGUGUACCAGUAGUAUUCAGCAGACGAUCUGAAGUCUCCUUACAAAAAUAUGGUUGGAAUGUUUUGAUACAAUGGAGGCCAGAUUCUAGUAUGUUGGUUGUUGCGACAUCAGAUAGCUAUUUGUUGUUCUACCGACUCUCAGACAGCAAUCCAGAAGGCCGAGGACUCUAUGAACAACGAGACUCACCAGUUACCAGUUUAAAACGAGAUAGUGCAGAAUUGUUUAUCAAAGAAGUCAUUCCAUGUCUUGUCUUAAAUUUUGAAAAGUCAGCUUGGAUUGAUGGUGGUAUUAGUUCUUUAGUUUGUAUACGAGAUGAACUUAUGAUAGCGACCAAAACUAGCCAUGUAGUACGCUACAAAUGGGAUGGCAAUAUGAAUCGUGACUAUUCCUUAGAUUUGAGACGUAUACCGUUCAGUAUUGAUCAACAAAUGUCUACUGUAGCUGUGCCACUCACAGAAAACAAUAUUUAUGUCACUGAUAUUGAAUAUUCGCCUCUUGUUGGAGGUUUUGCUAUUGUGCUUAGUGACGGCAGAGCUGCGUUUCUUACUGCUCAAUCCCUGAAAUUUGAUCCUAAUCAAGUGCAAGGAAUUUGGGCUCGAGAUUUGGAUGACGCAACUUGCGCAGCUGUUAAUCAUAAAUAUCGACUAAUUGCCAUUGGUAGGGAAAACUCUGAAGGUGUUGUUUAUUAUGUCGAUGAAACUACAGGAGGUUUAGAGAUGUCACAUACAUUGAGCCUGUCCUCCAAAGAUUACCCAGGCCGACCAGGUAGUGUCAGGUGUCUUAGAUGGACGCCUGACAGUUGUGCUAUUGCUUUAGCUUGGGAAGGCGGCGGCCUGGCGUUGUGGAGUACUUUUGGUGCUUUGUUACUCUGUAGCUUAAAGUGGGAUUACGGCCUAAGAGUGGAUCUGACACAUGACAAUCCUCUGCACAUUCAUACGAUGGAAUGGUCGGCAGAGGGUUAUCAGUUAUGGAUGCUGCGAGAAUCUCCAGGACCUUCUGUUACCGAAGAGAAUGGGAACGAAACUUAUACCAAUGGAAGUCGCUCUCUCAUUCAAUUAGAUUUCGCUAAAAGUCCCCUGACGAUCAAUCCCUGCAUGGGGCAUCACGGACAUCUGUAUCUUCAAGGCGAGGAUAGACUGUAUCUGAACUUAGGCGCCGGGAUAUCCUCGUCAGCUUCGGGCUUUCAUCUUGCCACUGAAAUGCCUAACGACAGCAUGCUUCAGACACUCGCUGGUUGCAAACAGUGGCUUGUUGUACCUAUUCCAACUACAUAUAGCGGUUCCAAUUGGCCGAUUCGAUAUACUGCAAUAGAUAGCGAAGGCUUGAGCCUCGCGGUUGCAGGUCGAACCGGAUUAGCGCAUUAUUCUCUACCCUCAAGAAAAUGGAAGUUAUUCGGCAAUGAGACGCAAGAGCGAGAUUUCAUAGUGACUGGUGGAUUACUAUGGCACAAAGGAUAUCUGAUAGCUAGUAGUUAUUCCAUCCUGGACGAUAAGGACGAGAUCAGAAUUUAUCCACGAGAUACGCGUCUGGAUAACAGCUACGUCAAAAGUAUUAGAAUGCCAUCGCAGGUGUUACUACUUAAUACUAUGAAGGACAGUCUAUUGACGUUUUGUGCUAAUGCACAGAUCAGUAUCUACGAUAUGGUGAUGCAAAAAGAUGUUGAAGCUGGAGGCAUCGAGUUAACGAGAAUACAGACUGUGGAUAUCAGCGGACUGUGUGUACAUCCUGCUUGCGUGGUAAGCGCCACAUUGACUACGAUUCGCGCGGAGACCGCCGGCAGUCACCCUCAUCCUGAGAGUCUCUUAUUAAAUGUAUCCGGUCGUCUUCUCAUGGUUCAACGGGAACAUUCUACGGAUAGUUCAGACGUUGCGUUCACGUGCAGCGCACCGACAGUAUUAGCAUCCUACGUCGAGAAUGUUUGGGUUCCGUCGCGCUCUAGAAGAGACAAGCCGCAUCUGACAGAGGCUUUGUGGCUGUUUUGCGGAGCUCACGGCAUGCGAGUCUGGUUACCGCUUUGGGUACCACGUAAUCAUCAAGAGAAGGCGCACGCCUUCAUGAGCAAGCGCAUAAUGCUGCCUUUUCACUUACGGAUUUAUCCGCUAGCGAUACUCUUCGAAGACGCAAUUCUACUUGGAGCUGAAAACGACACUGUGUUAUUCACGUCGGAUACUAACUCGCCCUUUUCACUGCCCUUCAAUCUGUUGGAACUCACGAGCCAAGUAUAUCUGCAUCAAAUUCUGCGCCAAUUAAUACGUCGAAACUUAGGUUACCACGCAUGGGAAAUAGCGCGCUCGUGUUCCGCACUGCCGUAUUUCCCGCAUUCGUUGGAGCUGCUACUGCAUGAAGUCCUGGAGGAAGAGGCGACGAGUAAGGAUCCCAUUCCGGAUGCUCAGUUGCCGUCCGUCGUAGAAUUUAUCCGCGAAUUUCCCGGCGUUUGGGCGAGAGCUGUCGUACAAUGCGCCCGGAAAACCGAGAUUGCUCUUUGGCCGUAUCUAUUCUCCGUCGCCGGUCCUCCGAAGAAACUGUUGCAAGAUUGCUUGCAACGUCAACAGCUCGACACCGCCGCUAGUUACUUGAUUAUCCUGCAAAAUUUGGAACCAUCUUCAGUCAGCAGACAACACGCUACAUUGUUGUUGGACGCCGCGUUGGAGCAAGGUAGAUGGGAACUAUCGAGGGACCUCGUGAGAUUCCUCAGAGCGAUCGAUCCGAACGACGUGGAGUCACCGCGUACAUCGUGGAGCGGCAGUGCGAAACUGGGUGGCCCUCCGCAGACACCUCCGCUUUCUCCGCACGAAGACGAUCUAUCCUUGGUCUUGGGCACUAUGCAAGUCUCAAGAAGCCGCAGUUACAGUACUACAGUUACACCCAAAGUGCAAUCCGAAAAAGAUAUCGCGCCGUCCUCCAUGCUCGAGAAAACCCGGAAUGUCGUUAUGAGACGGAAGAAAUCGGUGCCGACGGUGAAAACUGAAAAAACUGAGAAUAAGGAAGGAUCAGCAGAGGAGUUCUUCAUCGAUGUCAUCUUGCAACGUCACGCUCGACGUCUUCUUUCAGCUCGCCGCUUGACCGAUUUGGGUAGGUUCGCGGCUCGUCUUGACUUUCAUUUAGUCACUUGGUUCGCCCGAGAACGUGACAGAGCAGCGAAAGUCGACGACUACGUGGGGACUUUGAAGGCGGUCCACGAGGAUUUCGUAUUUCCAUAUCCGACUCUUUCGUUACCGACUCUACAAAAAUUUCGUAGAUCCAGUCUCACAUCUUUACACUCUGUGAUGUCUGAUGACGAAACGUUGUCGCCAAAUUUAAAUGUUGAUCUACCCGACAGUGGAUAUACCAGUCUUCCAAGUGGUAGGCCACCGUAUACAACGCUGGUCUCACCCGUCGCCAGUUUAGAAACGCAAUUUCCGACCGCAGAAGCUAAGUUGACACCGAAUCUAAUACAUGAUGCCAACAGUGUUCUUAGCGAUACCAGCACGAUUUGGAGGGACGAUGCAGAGUCUAUCGUUGGCUCUGUAUGUUGGGUUUCACCGGAAUCAGUAGGACCCACGGACAUCCAGUCAACUUCGUUAACCUCUGCACCAAUCGGUCGAGCCGAAGUACAGCUCAGGUAUUUGCUGCAACUCUUUCUCGAAGGUUGCUGUCUAGGAUGGGCUGCUGUAGUAGCAACCGUUCUUCGCGAUGGGGCAGCCAUGGCUAGAACAGUGAGAACAGCACACGCACCGAUGCAGACUAUCGAUUCUGUAAUCAAUUUGAGAGACGGAUUACUCACGUUGACUAAGUGGUCUCAUUCAGAAUGUUUAGGAUACCGUCCAUUCAUGUCCAACAUACAAUAUCAAAUAUCGCUGUUGAAUAGACUGAUAAUAUCAAAGCAGCAACAGGAACAGGAACAAGUACCGGAGAGCCCUUCGCCGAGUCCGGCUCCAUCGGCUGGCAGCAAUCAGCGCGGAACUCUCUCUCGCUCAAGACAUUCGUCGAUCAGUCAUACUUCCAAUACAGCUCCGUUAGAAGAGGAACGCACGCAUGAAUCAUCCUUGACUGUCGAGGAGUCGGCGUUCCACGGAAGCUAUAAUAAUCUCAAUGUUAAGGAGGACAUCUCAUCACAGAAUACCUGCACGAUCUCUUAAGAGUGCCUUACGAGGCACCACGGCUAUUUAUUCCGUCGUGGAUUCUAUGUACCAAAAGGAGACUCCUCUCUCCGUUCGAAACGUCCGUUCUAUAAGUUUUACAUACAUACAAAGGAUUCUGCUGGACUACGUUAUAAACUGAGAUUCCGCGUAUCAUUCUCUCUUUGUAAUUAUCGUUUCGAAGAGGAUUUCACGUGAUACAUCGCUCGAGGCGCGAUGAUUCCUGUAACGCGACAAUAUUCUACAAAAUUAGUAUUAUUACUAGCCUCCCGAUUGGUAUAGGCUAUUUCCAGAAGUCCUUAUAAUUAAACAAAACCUCGAAAACUUGUAAAUAAGGCUUCGAAGGAUUUUUUAUUCACUUUACAUCACGCAGAGAUUUUGAAUUGUACAGGGUGAAAUAUGUAAGAAUUAGUAACGCGCACGUGUAUAUAAACGUUCACUGUAUUAUUGUUAAAAAUAUACUAUGCGUCGGGGAAAAUGAGACUCGGAAUGCAAUUGUGCUCGAUGAUUGCGAUGUAAUUUUGCCGUGGCAUAAGAGCACAUACAUGCACGAGAGAUGCGCAUUAGCUCAUUCUUGAAUUAUGAGCAAUAGCGAACAGCAAUAUAACGAAACCAAUGAACAGCGGUUCAAAGACAUUAAAUCAAAAUUGGUGCGCCAACAGGUCUGAUAUUACAAUGAUAAUUAUGUAAUACAAAGCGACGCGAAAUAUUAAUAAGCUAUUUGUAUAUUGUAACAUAGAUAGUCAUUUAAAAAUAUAUGUUAUAUUUUCCCAUAAAA